UUUAUUUUUUAGAGCUCAAUUAAUUGUUGAUAAACUUUGUGAUUCAUGGAAUCAAGGAAUUUAUGCUGGGGAUUUUUGUGGAAUUUUGUGUGCAAAGAAUUGGACUUUAGUUGAUUAUUUUGAAGGUGGAAAUAAAAAAGUAUUUAAAAUACAUAUGAAUGGAGCUGAUAUAAUUGUGAAGAUGCAACACCCAUUUAUGGAUCAAUAUGAUUUACAAUUAGAUUUUAAUUCGGCUUCAGACGAGCAAUUUAUGGAUAUGGUUCUUGAUAUCGUUAAUGACCAUCUUCGAUUGGAUUGGCCAAGAAGAUACAAAAAACAUUUAAUUCGUAAAUUAUGGCCAAAUUAUAAAGAUGGUUUAAAAUUGAAAGAAUCAGAAAAGAGAACUAUUUGGACAUUAAUACAACAAAAUGAAUAUAUUAAUCAAGCAGUUCUUCAAAUGAGUAGAGUUACACCAAAAAUUUUAGGAGUGUGUGGACAUUCUUAUCAAUCUGAACAGCUUAUUCCUUUUCGAAUGAAGCCCUAUUAUUUAAAUUUAAAAGCAAAAAUUUUAGUUCAUUUAAUGGGAACAUUAAAACUUUUUUAUGAAUUUUUGAAUGAACCGUUACAAUGGUGUGAUGUUAAAUUUGAGAAUUUGGGAUUGUCUGCUUCGUAUCCAAAAAGAUUUGUAAUGAUGGAUAAUGAUAUGUUAUAUACAGAAACUAAAUUAACUGAAAUAUUAACUAGUCAAAGUUGUUUAAAUGACUCUGAUUGUGGACUUUUUGAUUGUGAAAGUCGUUGUAAUAUAGAAAGCGGAUUCUGUUCGGCAAGAACCAACGACAACGUUGAUGUUUUUUGUAAAAAAUUGGUUAAUCAGCAACUUUUUGGGACUUUUUGGUCAAAAUCAAAUAAAUAUUUGGCUGCAUGCCAUCAAGAUCCAGUAAAUGCUUCUCAAAGGCUUAAUGAACUUCGGUUAGUUUGGAGUUGGACUCUUUCAGAUGUUUGA